GCAGUUGAGCUCAUUAAGCUUCUAUGAAUUAAUAGGAGGAGAUAUAGGAGAGAUGGAAUUUGUACUAAUAAGAGUACAACUAAUCCAAUACAGUGGUUGAAAUAGAUUUUUGAGUCAGGUCUGCUGUUGGGCUUGGGCAUCAUCUAGCUGCUAGGUCUGACUGUGUGAUAGUAUUGAGCUGAUCUCAAUGGGCUUCUCUCCAUGUUGUGCAAUAGAGAGAAUGAGCAGCAGGUCUGGUGAGGAUAAAGGACUCAUCAACUACUUUGAAACAAGCUUUUCUGCAGAAGAGGAAGACCUUAUCAUCAGACUUCACUCUCUUCUUGGUAAUAGAUGGGCACUGAUAGCAGGAAGAGUUCCAGAUCGAACAGAUAAGCAGAUAAAAAGUUACUGGUACACUACUCUGAGGAAAAAGUUGGGUGUCAAAAGACUAAUUCGCCCAAAAACUCACAAGUUUGCAUCAUUCCCCAUGAAACACUUUAGUGGAGAAAACAGAGGAAGAAGUGUUUCGAAGUCCUUCAAUGGUGAUGAGAAGAAUAUGGAGGGUGAGACAGAAGUUCAGUCUUCUAUAUUUGGUGCUGCUACUGCCCAACAAAAUGAAAGAUAUAAAUUAUGUAAAUCUACAAAGGCAGGUUCCACUGUAGACACAAAAUUAACAAGGAAGGAGUUGAGGGUGAGGUGUGAGAUAAUGCCAAGGUGUAAUAUUGAAAUCGAAGAUUCGUGGUCAGGGACUGUGGGGUAGAUAAAGAUGAUGUGGGUAGUUGUGUUGAUAAGGAUGCACAUUUUCUAUUUUGAUUGAAUUAAAUUAUUAUCAGUAUUA